AUGGUACUGCUACUUCGAUCUUGUGCUGCCCUUGCGGCAUUAGUUAGUUGUGUUCAAACAGCAGCGAUUUCUAGGUCGUCGUAUGAAGAUGGAACUUCACUUGUGCAGCCGGUGUAUAAGCCGCUAGAUCUAGGCUCGAUCAAGCCGCUGGGAUGGUUUAAAGACCAGCUCGAGCUCGAGGCGGCGGGGCUGUCGGGGAAUAUGUUUGAUUUCUAUCGCUUCGUGCACGAUUCCAACGAAGCUUCGCCCUACUGGUUCAACGGCCUAGUACCCCUGGCCUUCGGACUAGGCGACGAGAGGAUUCUCGGCCAGGUGAAGUACUAUCUGGAUUAUAUCCUCGACCACCAACAAGAAGACGGGUGGAUCGGGUGGGAGACUACGCAAGCUACGAGGGGGCUUUGGGCGCGGUGCUUGCUUCUGCUGGGACUUGUACAAUAUGCGGAAGCCGAUCCGACUCAGACGGAGCGUAUCGUCGAUGCUAUGCAUCGCUACGUUGUCCUUGCACAUAGCAUGCUCCAGAAUAACUACACUGGCCUCCUGGUGCAUGGUAACGACACUUACGACACGGCCGGGUUUGGCGUAGGUCGGACGCACGAGAUGCACAUCCCAUUGCAAUGGCUCUUAGAACGCUACCCGCGGAACAACUCCGAGAUCAUCUGGGAGACUAUGGAACUCAUGAUCGAGGGAGGCGUACUGUGGGGAGCAGACUGGAGAACAUUUUGGACGGACGAAGCAUACCCGCAUGUUCUAUACGAAACAACACCUUUCAACCUGAGUUGGGUCUUCAUCCACGGUGUAAACAUGGCACAAGGACUGCGAUACCCCCUAUCCCUAUACCUCAACAGCGGGGACAAAGCCCUCAAGGCGCAGACCCGCAAAGCCGUCGACCUGCUAGCAGAGUACCAUCGUUCGCUCGCGGGCACGAUCCUCGCCGACGAGUACAUAUCCGAUCUGAAUCCCAGCCGGGGAGCCGAGCUGUGCAUCGCCGCCGAGGUCAUGUUCUCCUCGGCGUAUAUCUACCAGUACCUAGGCGACAACGACAUCGCCGACUGGGCCGAGCAGACUGCUUUUAACGCGUUGCCCGUGUCGGUCUCGCCGGACUGGUGGUCCCAUCAGUACGUCCAACAGGAGAACCAGCCGUGGUCUCGAAACCUAAGCACCGAUGACCUCUGGUGGGAUGUAAACUCCUGCACGGUCAACCACCCGCAAGCCUACCCCAAAUUCCUCGCCAACUCCUUCGCCACCACCCCCGAAGGCGGCCUAGCCCACAUCUUCCUCGUCCCCGGCACCGCCGCCACAACCCUCGGCUCCGACAACAACAACAACAACUCCAUCCUCGUCUCAGCCAACACAACCUACCCCUUCGGUCACACCCUCACAUACACCAUCUCCGCCUCCCAACCCUUCGACUUCUCCAUCCGGAUCCCCACCUGGGCCCUCCCCAGCCUCAGCACCAUCAGCACCAACUCCACCAACCCCCGCACCGGCGUAGCCCGCACGAGCAGCAGCACACCCCUCUCCCCCGACGACCUUAGCCUGCAGCACGUCGCCGUCCCCGCCGGCAUCAGCACCGCGACUCUCCGCCUAGCCACGGCCCCGCGCGUCGUCCGCCGCGCCAACGGCACCGCCGCCGUGUACUUCGGCGCCCUGCUCUACGCUCUAGCCGUCGAGCACGACGCCCUCGCCGUCGCCCCGGUAGACUACCGCAGCGGAACCGUGCUGCCGCCUUCGACGACGGACCCGCGCGGCCACACCCACGACUACGUGCUUACGCCUAAGCGCGGCUCCAAGUGGAAUGUUGCCAUCGACCCGACGCAGAUCCGCGUCGUGCGGAGAAGCAGCAGCAGAGACUCGAGCCCGAGCGCGUUUGAAGAGUACACAGAUGACGUCCUGGAGGUUAGUAGUGACGAGCUUCAGAAUCCAAUUUGGGAUUUGGGCGCGCCGCCUAUCGAGCUGCGUGUUGCUGCUGUUGAGAUAGAUUGGCCGAUUGCCAUGGACACGGCUGCGGAUCCGGGCACGUUCGAUGUGACGCCUGUGGGGAAGCCGUUUUACGCCCGCUUUGUGCCUUACGGCUCGAGUAAGUUGCACAUGGCCUUAUUACCCGUCGUCCAGCUAGAUGAUGUAGACUUCGACGCGUCGGACUAA